UAAAAUCGCGCGCGCCCGCCCAUGACCGGCCGGCCAUCGAGGGCGACGUGAUUGAUCAGAGUCUUCAAGACGGGCAUGACGGGGAAGAUGUCUUUCAUUUGCCGUGCUACCUCUGUCAUCUGAAUAUGCUGGGGUUUGAACCAGGGAUCUCUCCCUCAAGAACUACGGUACAUGCCCUUAUCCACUAGGCCAUCGGGUGCUGCACAACGGUGGAGCUCAUCCGGUUUCGCCAGGAUGCAACAGCUUUCCAGACUGAAAUCUUCGCUUUCUGUGCUGCAGCCACCGUGCCGGAAAAAGCUGGCAACUUGGAAUCAAGUUGCUGUGACAACUUUCAGCGGGAACCAGCACACCAUCAAUUUUUACCCAUCCACUGAGACAGUCAAUACAGCAUCCUAUAAUGAUCACAGUAAUGUCUCAUGCCAGUGCAAAAUCUGUCCGCAGUUAAAAUGGCAGUCAUUCUCUUCGAGAUUGAAAUGUACAAGGGCGGGAAAAUCAUCAACAAUAAGCCCAACUGAAACACUAUUGCAAGCUACCCCUUCUCAGGCAUCACUGCAGUCAUGCCAUCGAUUUGGCGUGUUGUUGUCCACGUUUCGGGGCCACUGCCUUUUGAGAUGCCUCAGCCAAUCAGCUAUAAGUGGGUCAAAGAGCCACCCACAUAUCUCCACUGGCCCCAAACCAUGGAUAUCCUCACCAGGCCAAGGCCCCACUCCUCACAGAUUGUUCAGCACAUCUGUGCCAAUGCGCACGACGUUCAAUUCGGUGGAGGAGGUUCAAGUGCCGACUGUGACGGAUAUGAAGCGCCACCUGAAGAAUGCUGAGAUUGAUUUCCAGACGGGCUACACCUGUUUGACGGCACCGUGCCCGUUCUGCAGUGGCGUGGUCGCAGGUGCCCGCAGCAAAGACGUUAAAACUAUGUUCAUCAACAUGACAACUGGCCACUGUAUCUGCCAGUGCACCAAGGCCAGGGGCAGCUGGCAGAGCCUCCACGACAGCCUAGCCGUCGCUCAGCAGCAAGGCUGCCAGGAUCCGUCCUUCCUCGACGAUCCCGCCGCUGCCACCGAUGAAGAAGCGGAGGUGAGGGGUCAAGGGUCAGGCAUGACCAAGGUCCAGGAGGUGUGGGAGGGGGCCGUGGAGUUGAGUGCCUGCAAGGGAGCUGUGAUUGACCGGCUGCGAGCCUCAAUGGGCAUGGAGCAAAUCGCGACAGAUACUCUAGAGCGAUUCAACAUCCGGUACAGCAAGAAACAGCGGGCGUUUGUCCUGCCCUUAUAUGGGCACGGUGAACAGCUGCAAGGGGUCAAAGUCCUUGAAGUCAAGAAGGUCACGGAAGGGUCAGAGGUCACAGAAACGCUGUACCCAAGACAUAACCAGAACGGUUUAUUCGGCUAUCACCUGAUUGGUUCAAGAGAUGGAGAGAUGGUUUUAGUCGCCAACGUCUUAGAUGCGCUAGCUGUCCAUCAGAUGACUGGACAGACUGUGCUGGCCCUGCCCAAUGGGAGCGCUUCUUUACAACAAGAGCUGUUGCCGCUGUUGGAGCAGUUCCAUCAGAUCACGCUGUGGUUUGGCAAUGACAUGAGGUCCUGGGAGGCGGCCAAACAGUUUGCUCGCAAGCUCAACACCAAACGCUGCUACUUCAUCAGGCCACUGGAUUGUCACCCGCCAGCACUGGUGGCCCUGCAACAGGGAUUGAGCCUGCGGAGCAUUCUCAAGCAGGCCCAUCCCGUGAGCCACAAGUCCAUCGUGUCCUUCCGGUCGUUGCGGGAAGAGGUGCUGGGGGAGUUGUCUCAUUCUGAGCAAGUGGCCGGGGUUAAGUGGAGGCGGUUCCCCACACUGAACAAACUACUCAAGGGCCAUCGGCGCGGCGAAUUGUCAGUUUUCACCGGGCCCACUGGUUCUGGGAAAACCACCUUCAUGGCGGAAUAUUCCCUUGAUCUCUGCACACAAGGGGUCAACACACUUUGGGGAAGUUUUGAGAUCCAGAAUGUUCGUCUUGCCAAGGUCAUGCUGUCCCAAUUUGCACAACUCAAUUUGGAGAAGAAUCUGGACAAGUUCGACAAGUGGGCCGACAAGUUUGAGAUGUUGCCUCUGUACUUCAUGACGUUCCAUGGCCAACAGACUAUGAAGGCUGUUAUUGAGGCCAUGUCCCAUGCCGUUUAUGUGCACGACAUCGAGCACGUUAUAGUCGACAACUUGCAGUUCAUGGUGGGUUACUCGGACAAGUCGUUUAUGAUGGAACGCUUCGCCAUGUACGACCACAUCAUAGCCGCCUUCCGCAAGUUUGCCACCAGCAAUAACUGUCAUGUGACGGUCGUCAUCCACCCAAGAAAGGAGAAUGCCAUGGAGGAGCUUCAGGCCGCAUCCAUCUUCGGCAGUGCCAAGGCAUCCCAAGAAGCUGACAAUGUCUUCAUACUCCAGGAUCGCAGACUGACUGCUCUCAGGGGGCGCAAGUACAUACAGAUUGUCAAGAAUAGAUUUGACGGGGACCUGGGCAUCAUGCCGCUACACUUUAACAAGGAGACGCGGACCAUGUCACCUCCUUCCAAAUCACGGAGCAAAAAAGCGGCCGGGGCAAAGGUCGCCAGGCCGGGCGAAGCCGACGAAUCGGAAGACUCGUACGAACUCUUUGAGGAGCUGAUGUUGGUGAGCAGGCAGGAGGAUGAACUUGGAAGGGGUGAAUGAACCAAUCAGAGGCUCUGAUAUAUGUGGCAGCAAAUGGGAAGGGCCAAUCACAACAGUUCUUACAUUCAUGGCGGAGGAGAAAGGACAAAUCACAGGAAUCCUGAAGCGUGUUAAACCAAUCACAGG